AUGAAAAUUUUACUUCUUUUAUUAUUUUCUACAUUAGGUUUAGCUCAACAAAAUUUUAUAAGCUGUAUUGAUAUAAAAAAAUAUAAACGUUGUGAAAAGGAAGAAUGGAAACAGAAUGUAUGUCAUCUUUGUCAAUCAAAAUGUAAAUUCAAAGAUCCUUAUUAUUGUAAAAAACCAGAAAUUGAAUACGAAUCAGGUUGUAAAGAUUAUUAUGAUACCUGUCCAAGCAAAAAAGAAUAUUGUUUCAAUAUACGAUUAUUUCAAGAACUUUUAGAAGAUUGCCCAAAAACAUGUGGCUAUUGUACUAAGAAUGGUUAUAAAAAACUUAGUUAA